UUUCUUUUAAUCCAACUCCCCUUCCCUCCAAAAUAUUGCAAUGGACAAUCAAGGAUCCAAGUUCCAAUUCUUCGAUAUAUUUUACCAAAUCUUCCAUUUCAUUAUGAAAGUCAUAUCAUCUAAAGCCCAAGAAACUGUUAUUCUUGGAAACCUGGUGUCGCAUGAAUCAAACACUUCAUCCCAAGAGCUCACAACUACCUUGAGUUUAGAUCAUUCUGCUUCAUCUCUUACGAACGAUGAUCUCAAAAAAUCGAAGGAAUCCCAAGAGCUCAUAACUACCUUGAAUUCAAAUCAUUCUAGUUCGUCUCUCACGAACAAUCAUCCCAAUGAACCAAAGGAGCUCGAUUUGAGUAAAGAAAUUGAUAAGAAUAAUGAUGGAUCAUUGCCUUCUACAACAAAACGAGCUCCAAAGAAAAUGGUUAGUAUCAAUGAAACAGUUGAGGAUAUUGAUUCUAUUAUGAGGGAAAGGAGGAAGAAAAAAGGAACAAAGAAGUCAAAAUCCUUCGAUUUUGAUAAUGGAUAUGAUGCUUCCUUAAAGCCUACUCGCUCCAUUCUCAAGGUUGGCUCAAUAAAAGAUAGCUCAGAUUUAUCAAAAGCAACUCAGGAUACACCUUUUCACUCAAGCAUGAAUAACUACCUAAAAGUCUACAAUACAAUUUUUUACAUGAAAAAUGUAAGAAGUGAAAUUCUAUUGUAG